CCCCCACCCCAAAGGAAUAGACAAGAAGAGAAACUGCAGAGGGAGAGAACAGAGAGGCCUUCAACUACACAGAUAUUUGUCAGGAUGUUGGUGUUCCGUGUCCUGCUGCUAAUCGCCCUGGUGGGGAAGUCAGUCAUUGGGCUCUCACUGAUGUCCUUCAUUGCGCCCCCAGACCCAGAUUGGACCCCCGAUGACUAUUACUACAGCUAUGAGCAGUCCAGCCCAGACGAAGACCCCAGUGUCACGCAGACCACCCCUGAGAACCCCGACUGGUACUAUGAAGACGAUGAUCCAUGCCAGUCCAACCCCUGUGAACACGGCGGGGACUGUAUCAUCAGAGGGGAUACCUUCAGUUGCAGCUGCCCAGCCCCCUUCUCGGGGAGCCGGUGCCAGACUGCACAAAACAAGUGCAAGGACAACCCAUGUGUCCAUGGUGAUUGCCUCAUUACCCAGAAGCACCCCUACUACCGCUGUGCCUGCAAAUACCCUUACACGGGACCAGACUGCUCCAAAGUGCUUCCGGCAUGCAGGCCAAACCCCUGCCAGAAUGGCGGAGUCUGUUCCCGACACAGACGGAGAUCCAGGUUUACCUGUGCCUGUCCAGACCAGUAUAAGGGGAAAUUCUGUGAAAUAGGUCCGGACGACUGUUAUGUCGGUGAUGGCUACUCUUACCGAGGCAAAGUGAGUAAGACAGUCAACCAGAACCCAUGCCUUUACUGGAACUCCCACCUCCUCUUGCAGGAGACUUAUAACAUGUUUAUGGAGGAUGCAGAGACCCACGGGAUCGCAGAGCACAACUUCUGCAGAAACCCAGAUGGAGACCACAAACCCUGGUGUUUCGUCAAGGUGAACAGUGAGAAGGUGAAAUGGGAAUACUGUGAUGUCACAGUCUGUCCAGUGCCUGACACCCCUAACCCAGUGGAAAGCCUUCUGGAGCCUGUGAUGGAGCUGCCAGGGUUCGAGUCCUGCGGGAAGACGGAGGUAGCUGAACACGCAGUCAAGCGUAUCUACGGGGGCUUUAAGAGCACAGCAGGCAAGCACCCGUGGCAGGUGUCCCUGCAGACCUCACUGCCGUUGACCACCUCCAUGCCCCAAGGCCACUUCUGUGGGGGCGCCCUGAUCCACCCCUGCUGGGUGCUCACUGCAGCCCACUGUACCGACAUAAACACCAAGCAUCUAAAAGUUGUACUAGGGGAUCAGGACCUGAAGAAGACAGAAUCCCAUGAACAGACCUUCAGGGUGGAAAAAAUACUGAAGUACAGUCAGUAUAAUGAAAGAGAUGAGAUUCCCCACAAUGACAUUGCUUUGCUCAAGUUAAAGCCAGUGGGUGGUCACUGUGCUCUGGAAUCCAGAUAUGUGAAGACUGUAUGUUUGCCCAGCGACCCCUUUCCCUCUGGAACUGAGUGCCACAUCUCUGGCUGGGGUGUUACAGAAACAGGGGAAGGGUCCCGCCAGCUCCUGGAUGCUAAAGUCAAGCUAAUCGCUAACCCUUUGUGCAACUCCCGACAACUCUAUGACCACACCAUCGAUGACAGUAUGAUUUGUGCGGGGAACCUUCAGAAGCCCGGAUCAGACACCUGCCAGGGUGACUCGGGGGGCCCUCUAACCUGUGAGAAGGAUGGAACUUACUACGUCUACGGGAUUGUAAGCUGGGGCCAGGAAUGUGGGAAGAAGCCAGGAGUCUACACUCAAGUCACCAAGUUCCUGAAUUGGAUAAAGACCACCAUGCACAGGGAGGCUGGCCUCUGAGGUGCUGUCUGCAGAGCCUUGAAGCCCCUCGUCUUUAGCACCAAACAAGAGGGGCUUCCUGCGUAGCCAGGGAUGUCCUGGGUCCAUGCUCUAGACAGAGGCAUUGUUGCCCAGCCUGGGCCUUUCCAGACUGGCACUAUAUCAUUUCAUGAGGCCUUUUCUCUCUGGGAACCAACAAGAAAUACAUUAUCUUUGCCCCCGUUCUGACAAGUGUACCUUCUAGAUAACCAGAAUUCAGAGACGUUCUCCACCAUGGAGACUGCGAAUCUGAGAUCCCUGCUUGCCCCGCACCAGGAGAUGUUUCCUUGACUCUUUAUCUUUUGUCCAUACCAUCAGGGUCCUCCACAGAACCAGCCAUUCUCAUGCAGCCAUCAGAGAGAAGCCCCCAAAACCACAAGCUCUUUGUUUGCUUUCAGAGUUGUUAUUUUAAUAAAGGCAGAUGUGGGCACGGGGAGGGUGUGCCAGUUUUUUUUUUUUUUUAAAACACUCGCUCAUCCAGACCAAAGCCACAGAGGCAUGCCUUUGGCAAGCAGCCCUCAAGGGGGCUUCUUAAGGAGGCUCACAUCAGCAGAGUCUUCUUCUUGUGGAUAUGCAGGAUCUCCGAGGCAUCCGGGUUCACCCCCCUGCUCUGAUGAUCUCCUAGCGCCGCUGCUGCCUCUGGCUCCACCUGCGGAAGCCACACAUAGCGCCCCACCUCCACUGAGUUCACAGGAAACCCCGUUGCUGCUCCCACAAGCCGUGCUAAGAUGCCCGGCAAACAUCUAACGAGCUCCCCACCCCUCCUUUGUCCUCUCUUCCACCCCGGUCCAAGAAAAAGGAUCCUCAAGGCAGAGAUGAGAAGGAAGCAAAACCUGCUUCUCAUUUAGAUGUGCUGUCUCUCUCCUGAACAAAGUAGGGUUCAAAAUGCAGACUGCUGGAGCCAGCAAGUCCCUGACCCUUUCCGCGAAUGUAACGAGCAAGCAGUCAGCACAGCCUGGGCUGCCCUGGCCCGGGAUUGAUGUCGCCCUGGUAGGUUUGCCUCUGCAGAACUAAUGGCUGUGACUUCAGAGGAAGCCCGCGGGAAGUUUAACCCAGGUGUCAUCCGCCCGGUCAUCUCAGACCCAUGAAAUUAGGCGCCUUGUUCGGCUGCCUUUCACGCUUCUUUAGAACUAGCUGACCUUUGGCCAAAAAUAAACUUUGAAAAGC